AUGUUAUCCAAAUCUAAAUCGCGAAAAAUAGACCAAAGUAUAUUCACAAAUCUAGUCCUAACUGAUUUAAUAAACAAUGUUGUUGAGUGCGCCAAAACAUCUUCGUCUAAUAAUAAUCCUGGAUCUGAAUUGCAGGACAAUUCAGAUCCUAAAUUACAAGAACAUGAACGUGCAUCACAUGUUCAAGAAUUUGAAUCCAAAUUGCAAGAAAAAACUGACUCAAAAUC